AUGCCAACCGCCACGGUGCAACCAGACCUCUCCUCCUCCGUCGCCACCAGUCUCGAAGCCCCCGACUGCCCCGAGAACCCGCCUGAGCUCGUCCACAGCCUGCGGCACAACAGCACCAUCCUCGCGCUCGCUGUCAGCCCCCAACACGAUACCAUCUUCGCCGGCACCCAGGACGGCGAGAUUGUUGCCUGGUCCCUCUCGACCUUUCAUCAAGUCAGCACCGUUCAGGCACACAAGCGCAGCAUUCUCUCCCUCUCCCUCUCCCCCGACGGAUCCCUCCUCUUCUCCAGUGCCGGCGACCCCAUCAUCAACGUCUGGUGCCCUCGAACGCUGCGGCGGUUAUACGAGAUCUACGGAACCCACGAUGUUGGCGACAUCUUUUGCAGCGCCUACAGCCCCCAACACGAGACGCUAUACAUCGGUGCCCAAAACACCACCAUACAAUGGGUCACUUUGAACGAUGCGGCCGCCCGGGUCUCGCCCAGCUCGCAGAGUCAUCCGGAUCGGAGAAGCCACAGGUUCUUCGACUCCAAGGCCAUUGGCGGCACCAGCACACCGAGACGUAAUGAAGACCGGUGGGGACUGAUUCCAAAGGCGCAGGCCGUCUUGGAGAUUGACGCGGGCUCGGUCCGGCCCUUUGCCCACUACGGCUACGUCUACUGCAUGCUCAUGGCCAAGGGCCCCACGGUCGAGGUUGACGCCGACGACGACGUGCUGAUAUCCGGUGGUGGAGACGGAACCAUCAAGCUAUGGCGGUUGGGCUCUUCAUCUAAGGACCGAAGGCACGACGAGGACGGCGAGCAUGGAGGCAUCGACGAACUCAUGACCCUCGGCACGGACGAUGCUGAGUCCGUCCUCUCCCUCGCCCUGGAUGGCUCGUUCCUGUAUGCCGGCAAGCUGGAUGGCAUCGUCGAGCUGUGGGAUCUGGAUACGACUCAGCGGCUCCGCGUUAUCAAAGCUCACGAAGGCAAUGUCAUGUCAUUGCAGAUGGGCUGGGGAUACUUGUGGACUGGCUCCACCGACGGAUGGUCGAGCAAAUAUAGCACGGCUCAUUACGGUGCCUAUAAGCACGCGUCGGCUGGAGAUGUCAGCCAAAAGUACCAGUGUCUGAGCACUUGGAAGGCUCACCAGGGCAAGAUUCUUGCCUCGGCCACGACAACCUAUAAUGACAACAAAUAUUACAUCACUGGCGCCAACGACAACGACAUCACCAUAUGGUCCGUCAAGGACAAGGCCUGCUCGAAGCCCGCGACCGCCGAGGAGAGCGACGACCUGCUCGUCUCCACCCUGUCGGAUUUUGUGUCUUACAAGACCGUCUCUUCGCGGCCAGAGUUCGCCGAGGACUGCCGCAAGGGGGCCACGUUCUUGGGUUCCCUCUUCAAGCGGCUGGGCGGACAUGUGGAGCUGCUGAGCACCGAAAAGGCUCACAACCCGGUCGUGUACGCCAAGUUUUCUGGCAAAAAGGAAGCAGCGGAAACACGAAAGCGCAUUCUGUUCUAUGGACAUUACGACGUCGUCGCCGCCGAUGGAAAGAAGGGCAAAUGGGCCAGCGAUCCAUUCACUGUCAAGGGCACUAAUGGGUUCCUCUAUGGCCGCGGCGUCAGCGACAACAAGGGGCCAAUUAUUGCGGCUCUCUACGCCGUCACGGACCUCAUGCAGGCCCAGAAGCUAGAGAAUGAUGUCAUCUUCCUCAUCGAGGGCGAGGAGGAGUUCGGCUCUCGGGGCUUCGAGGAGGCGGUCAAACGACACAAGAGCCUCAUCGGACACGUCGACUAUAUUCUGCUGGCCAACAGUUACUGGCUGGACGAUGAAGUCCCAUGCUUGACAUAUGGCCUUCGUGGUGUGCUGCACGCCACGGUCUGCGUGGACGCACCGCGCCCCGAUAUUCACUCUGGCGUGGACGGCUCGUACAUGAUGGACGAGCCCUUGUCCGACCUGACAGGCAUCUUGUCCAAGCUCAAGGGUGCCGGCAACCGCAUCCAAAUUCCCGGAUUCUACGAUGGCAUUCCAGCGAUGACGCCAGAGGAGGAAGCUAGAUACGACGACAUUGCGUCCAUCAUGAGGGAGCACAAAGGAGAAGCCGUAUCCGAGGAAAAGCUCAAGCGGUCGCUCAUGGCCCGAUGGCGAGAACCCAACCUCACCAUCCAUCGGUAUAAAGUAUCCGGCCCCGACGGCAGCUUAGUGAGCAGUCACGCCAGCUCGCACAUCAGCCUGCGACUCGUUCCCGGCCAGGAGGUCGACCAGGUUACGAGCGCGCUUAAGUGGUUCCUGCGCCGCGAGUUCUCACACCUCAAGUCGCAGAACAGCCUGAGCAUCAACAUCGACAACAAGGCCGAGCCCUGGCUGGGCGAUCCGACCAACGCCAUUUUCCGCACGCUGGGUCAGGCCAUCAUCGAGGCCUGGCCGAACCGCUUCGAUUCGUCGAGCGCCCCGGCGCCUGCGGCGCCAGUGUCGGGCACGGUUGGCAAGGGGGCCUCCAGACCAAAAGGCCCGCUGUUCAUCCGCGAGGGAGGCUCCAUCCCGGCCAUCCGAUUCCUCGAGAAGGAGUUUGGAGCCCCGGCGGCGCAUCUGCCUUGCGGUAGGGCCAGCGAUGCGGCGCACUUGGACAAUGAGCGGAUGUGCCUCGUGAAUCUGCUCAAGGCGCGGGAGAUUUUUGGCAAGGUGUUUGCGCGGCUGUAG